AUGCAAAUGGACAACCAGGUCCUUCCCCAAAAAGGUUUUUGUUCCUUUCGUUAUGGAUUGUCUUUUCUCCUGCACUGCUGUAAUGUUAUAAUUAUGGCACAGCGCCUGUGUCUGAGCCUCACGAUGGUAGUCAUGGUGAACAGCACGAAUCCACAUGAUUUCCCUAACACCUCCACUAAGAAACUCCUGGAUAAUAUAAAGAACCCCGUGUAUAACUGGAGCCCUGAUACUCAAGGCAUCAUCUUAAGUUCCAUGUUCUAUGGCUUAUUCUUCAUUCAACUUCCUGUUGGAUAUUUUGUUGGAGUAUACUCUACAAAGAAAAUGAUUGGCUCUGCACUGUGUCUCAGCUCUCUGUUCAGUCUGCUUCUCCCACUGUCAGCUGAAGUCGGAGAAAUUUGGGUCAUUGUGUGUCGCGUAGGCCAGGGAAUAGCCCAGGGAACAUUAGGAACAGCUCAGGAUACAAUAUGGGUCAAAUGGGGUCCUCCCUUGGAACGAGGCCGACUUCUUUCUAUGAGUACAUCAGGGCUUAUACUGGGACCCUUCAUUGUCAUGCUUGUGACUGGAGUCAUCUGUGAAUCUUUGGGGUGGCCCAUGGCCUUUUAUAUUUUUGGUGCUUGUGGCUGUUUUCUAUGUCUUCUCUGGUUUAUUCUGUUUUAUGAUGACCCUAAGGACCACCCAUUUAUAAGCAUCGGUGAGAAGGAAUACAUCACAUGCUCCCUCGCCCAGCAGGUCAGCUCAAGUAGAAAAUUUCCACCUAUCAAAGCUAUGCUUAAGUCACUUCCAAUCUUGGCUAUUUCCAUUGGUGCUUUUGCUAUUAUCUGGGAAAAUACCAUCCUGACAGUAUUUGCACCAACUUUUAUCAACUCCAUGCUUCAUGUUAAUAUAAGAGAGAAUGCAUUGCUGUCUGCCUUGCCCUAUUUGUUUGGUUGGAUCUCUGGUAUUCUAGCAGGUCAGAUAUCAGAUUUCUUUCUGACACGGAAUAUUCUCAGUGUAAUUGCCGUCCGGAAACUUUUCACCACAGUAGCCAUUCUCUUUCCUGCCAUCUUUGGGGUGUGCCUGCCUUACCUGGGUUCCAGCUUAUACAGCGUCACCAUUUUACUGAUACUUGCUAGUAUAGCAAUCACAUGUGCCUUUGGUGGAAUAGUUCUAAAUGGCUUGGAUAUCGCUCCCAGAUACUUUGGAAUUAUUAAAGCAUGGACAUCUGUAAUAGGAAUGUUAGGAGCACUACUUGCUUCCACUUCAACUGGAUUGAUCCUUCAUCAGGAUCCAGAAUCUGGUUGGUUUAAAGUCUUCUUUCUGAUGAUUACCAUUAGUAUGCUAGGCCUAAUUUUCUACCUUAAAUUUGCUAAAGCAGAAAUUCAAGACUGGGCUAAAGAAGAAAAACACACACGCCUCUGA